GAGGAGGGGGCGGGUGAAAGGAGAGCUGUGAUCCAGACAGCGAAUCACAUGAGCUGAGAUCUGUUUACAAACUGAGCAGGAGAGAAGUCAUCGGCACCAUUAUGUGGAGGCAGGGCUACUGGAAAAGGCGACAGGAAACGCACAGGAAUCUCAUCACUUUGUCUGGGAAAUGCAUUUUAUCCUUUGUGUCUUUGCAGCGGAGAAGCCAGACCAGAUGGUAUGAGAAAGACCCAGCGUUGAAUGGGCUGCAUUCACAAGCUCUCGCUCUGACGGCUGUGUGCCACCGCUCUUCCUCUUCCUUUGUUACCGAGGAAAACGCUUGAGUGUAACGUUGAGGUCGAUAAUCUUGAGGGAGAAGACUAGAGGAAAGUGGCUGACGGCAAGAAGGGGUGAGCCUUGUGACAGUGUUUUGAAGACAGACAAAGAAUUCUGUGACUCUCUGUGAUGCACAUUCUCUCUCUCGCUGUUUUGUUAUCGUGACUCUACAGAGAGAUAAAAAAAAAGAAGAAAGCCAGUGACAACAACUUCAGGUCAAGCGGAGGUUGAUGGGAAUCCAUUGUUUGUGUUAAAGACACAUUGCCAAUCUUUCAUAUUCUGUGCUGCUGCUUGUUUUUGAAUCAUGAUUUUGGAAAAAAAGAGUGCUCUGUGUUCUUUUAACUUGCCUGUGGUUGAGCAAAACCUAGAUACCAAGAAGUAGGUGUUGGUUUGUUCCCGUGUUGACACCGGUUUUAACAAUGACUGACUUGUCUUUGUAAAUAUUUCAACACAAAGAAAAUACAAAAUCGUCCUGCCUUCCUCCGUGCACUUGUAAGGAGCUGCUGGGUGAUCAGAAUGUGUUAACCAGAGGCGCUGAAGAUUCUUAAGCCUUGUUUUUGUGCUAGGAGAUUUGGGAGUGUAAAACUUGUAUUAUUCAUCUGGUUUUGAGUGAGGGGAUUUCAGCACUGUCUCUUUGGACACAAGUUACUGGAUCAUUUGGAGCAAUCUAGCACCUCUCCAGUGGUGUAACGUUUUAAAAGAUGUAUUACAGUGAAAAGUUCAUGCUGCUCAGCGAGGUCCAACAUUGAGAGCAGUGUUACAUUGAGUUGAGAAACACGAGGACAGUCUGCAGGCUCACAGUAUGCAAUAUGCAUGCAGGGGCCACUGAGAAGAGUACACUUGAUAAUCACAGUGAUCAUGCCUGUGUGACGCAGACUAACAGAUUACAGACAGUUUCUGCAAAAUGACCUCAGAGAUCACCGGCCGUCUUCCACUCAAUGUCUAUGUCAUCAUUCUUGGAAUAGGCCUCUUCAUUUUCAUGUUGAGCAUGAUCUUCUGUUGCUACCUGUUCAGAUUGAGGAGACAGGGCACACAAGAACAAUAUGGAUAUAAUGAAGUCAUUCUAAAAGGUCCAGGGAAAAAAUUGAGUCUUCUUGGACAGACCUGUGCAGUUUGCCUGGAAGAGUUUCGAAGCCGGGAUGAACUAGGGGUUUGCCCCUGUUCUCAUGCAUUUCACAAAAAGUGUCUGGUGAAAUGGCUGGAAAUUCGCAGCGUCUGUCCCAUGUGCAACAAGCCCAUCUGCAGGCUCCAGCCAGACCCUCCGCAGGGGACCGAGGGGCCCCAGAACCCCCUGGACGUGUGACAGAAGAGGGGUGACACAGCUCAGAGAUAGGCGGGCUCUCAUACAUCUAAGAACAGCAUUAGAAAUAUUACACUACUGGGGUGGGCGGUCUAGUCCCAAAUUAACAACAACCGUCCCUGUCCAGCAAUCUGCAGAUUUCUCCUGCAUAGAUGGGUUUGGGAUUUUCCCAGUAGAACUGAACUGAUGUGCCGUGUUCUUGGUCAUAAUGUAGCUUGCAGCAAGAUAAAUUGAUCACUUGUGGACUCCAAACAGACAAAUAUUCAGACCAGGACAGUUGCACAAAACAGUCUGAACGGACACUGUGCAAUAUAUGUGAAUUUACAGAAGUCCUCUAAGAUAGACUGUGGUAACUAUUACUACCAUUAAGAGUCAUGUUUAGGAAGACCCAGUUACAGAAUCCAAAGUGAGGAGCAGUUCACUGGCUGACCUUAAGGAUCUGUGAGCUCAUCGUAUAAUACUCUUGCCAAUAUUUUGAUGUUUGACACUCAGAAAUGUGUUUAUUUUGAGUCACGUAGGUGUUUUGUGAGCUUGAGAGAGCUCAUGGCCUUGAUAAGGAGAACCCACACUGUAAUGUAGAACCCUCAGGGUCAGAUUGGAUGAUAUUCUGCCUAAUUUAUGUUAAAGGGAUGGUUCAGGAAAAAAAUACUAUGGAAGUCAAUGGCAACCACCAACUGUUUGAUUACCAGCAAUCUUCAAAAUAUCUUCUUCAACAUGUUCAACAUGAGAAACCAACUCCGACAGGUUUUGAACGACAUGAGGGUUAGUAAAUGAUGACAGAAUUUUCAGUUUUUGGUGAACUAUCCCUUUUACUGUUUUGUACUGUAUAUUGCUCACAAUAAAAGUUAUGAUGGAA